AUGUUGUCAACGACCACUUUGGCAGUCGCUGCCAUCCUAGGCAUUACCAGUGCUUUGCCUAAUAGUGCUGGACAAACACAAGCCAAUGCUUCAAACGACACGUGGGACUAUGUCAUCGUCGGUGGAGGAGUUACAGGGUUGGUAGUUGCGAAUCGCUUGACUGAGGACAAGAAGAAAAGCGUUCUAGUUAUCGAGGCUGGCGCAGCAUAUGACAAUCCUAACAUACGUUUGCCAUACGGCGCUACUUAUGCGCUAAACGAAACUUUGCUCUGGGGUUAUAUCUCGCAACCUGAACCACACAUUGCGAACAAAACGUUCCCAACGCGUGUCGCACGUGUGCUUGGUGGCGGCUCCGUCGUCAAUGGCAUGUUGUACGAUCGAGCCGCAGCGGGCGACUACGACGCUUGGGAGGCUCUGGGAAACAAAGGUUGGGGAUGGGAAGGCAUGUUCCCAUACUUCAAAAAGUCUACAGAAUUUAUUGAGCCACCAGCGGAUGUUGCCGAGACAUUCAACAUCACCUGGGAUCCCCAUGCAUACGGCAAGGGUCCGUUGAAGAUUGGCAUCUCUGAUUUCCAGUAUCCAGAUGUGGUCGAUUACUACGAGGCAUUCGCCGGGGCCGGCCUGCAUGCGCCUAACAGUGGUGAUACUGGUGAGGCCUACGGAACGGCUUGGUAUCCUAACACGAUGAACCCAUUGACUGGCGAAAGGUCGCAUGCCCGCAACUCCUACUAUGAUGCUGUAUCAGCACGGUCAAACCUCCAAAUAAUGUUGGAGACCCUUGCGACCGAAAUCGUUUUCGAAGGCAGUGGCCGUAAGCUCGAAGCGAAGGGGGUCAAGAUCACCGAUAAGAAGACUGGAACCACAAGGACCGUAUAUGCGAAGAAGGAGUUGGUCCUAGCAUGCGGGUCCGUGAAUACACCCCAGCUCCUGCAGCUCAGCGGCAUUGGACCGAGAUCUGUUCUUGAAGCCGCUGGUAUCUCAGUCAAGCUUGAACAUGAUGGCGUAGGUGCAAACUUCCAAGACCACCCAUACACCAACGUACAAUUCAAUAUGUCGAACGUCAGCAAGCCCAACCCUAGCUCUUACAGCGAUCCAACGUUCAAUGCUUCCGCGUGGGCAGAGUACCGCGCUAACAAGACCGGGCCUCUAACUCUGUCUCGUGGAAACGGCCUUGCGAUGGUGCCACUGCAAAUUGUCGACCCUGAAAGAUACAACAGUUUGGCGGAGCAAGUGCGAAGCUCAGACAACGAAGCAUUCUUACCGGCUGUUUACAAGAACAGCAAGAAGUUGCUCAAGGGAUUCAAGGCUCAGCGCGCUAUUCUUGCUGAUCUGUACGAGAGUGCCAAAGCGGGUGUCGUUGAGCACACUAUCUCUGGAUCUGGCACAUUCGAGAUUGUUGGUCUCGAGAAACCUAUCUCGAGAGGUACUAUUACCAUCGACCCAGCUAAUCCUCAAGGACCACCAAAAAUCCUGUACAACUCGUUGAGCAACCCAGUUGACAGAGCUGUCCUCGCGUCCUCCGUUCGCUUUCUUCGGACAGUCUGGGCUCGCCCAGAGCUAGCGAAGUUUUCACCUAUUGAGACAUCUCCAGGGGCACAGUACACAACUGACGACGAGAUUAUCAAGAGGUCGAUCGAGGUUGGGAGCGUCAUUCCUACUCUAUCCCAUCCUUCGUGCACUUGUGCCAUGAUGCCUAAAGACAUGGGUGGCUGCGUUUCCGAGACGCUUCUUUUCUAUGGAGUAAAGCGUCUAUCUAUCAUCGACGCCUCUAUCAUUCCCAUCGUACCUACACAGCAUAUACAGUCGACGAUGUACGCUAUCGGCGAAAAGGCAGCGGAUAUCAUCAAGAAGAGGGGUUGA